AUGCUGCUGGAAGACGUGCUUAAUCACCAAACAAAGAUCCCAACUGAGUGGCACACCUCCAUAUGUGAAGUUGGUCAGAAAUUUGAUAGUGCUGCUGAAGUUAGAUUAGCACUUCAAUACUAUUCAAUUGCUAAACGGUUCAAGUAUGAUUUUUACCAUAAUGAACAAAGACGCAUAAGAGUCUAUUGCCGAUUCAUGCACACACAUGGUUGGCCUUGGAUGUUGUUUGCUUCCCCGCUUAGAAAUUCGUCUAUCAUGUCCAUAAAGAAUUUCGAGUCUACUCACACCUGCGGUCAACAUGGAGCAAAUGCUGGUAACUCAAGGGCAUCAAGAAAGUUCAUUGCUAGCCAAAUACAAGCUAUUUUGAAGGUUAGGUCAGAUCUUCGUGCGGUCGAUAUCAAGAACGACAUGCUCUCUAAUUUUGGCAUCAAGAUUAACUACAGUAAAGUAUGGUGGAGCAAGGAGACAGCUCAACAGGACCUGUUUGGUGAUGAUGAUGAGGCUUACAAUUCACUGAGAUGGUAUGAAUCCAUGGUGCAUGCAACUAAUCCAGGGAGUCGUGUUGUUAUUGAUGCUGAUGACGGGAGGUUCAGGAGAUUGUUCAUUAGUUAUAAUGCCUGUAUUGAAGGGUUCAUUGCUGGGUGUAGGCCUCUAUUAUUUUUGGAUGGAACAUUUAUUAAAGAUCAUUACAGAGACAUACUACGUAGCGCUACUGGGUAUGACGGCAACCAGGGAAUAUUUACCCUUGCUUAUUGCGUAUGCGACCAAGAGAAUGAGGUUAACUGGAAAUGGUUCUUACAAGGAUUAUGGAGGUUACUGUAUGAUAGGGAAAAUCCUUACCAACCUCCACAUCAACUGGUAAUGAUUUUUGACACCGACAAGGGUAUCAGGGCAGCAGUCGAGGAAUUCUUUCCAGAUGCAUUCCAUUCAAGGUGUGUUCUGCAUCUAGUCGAGAAUUUCAAAAAGAAGAUGAAGGAUUUUGGGCACAAGGCAAAUGUCGUAACUACGUUGGGUGAGCUGUUACAAUCCGCGGCUUAUAAGUUCAUAAUAUCUGAAUGGGAUAAUAACAUGAAAGAAUUAGCAGCGAUCGAUCACAGGGCUUACGUCACUGUAAUGGAAUACUCCCCGGAGAGAUGGGCAAACGCACAUUUUCCUGGUAUAAGGUAUGGCCAUGUUACUUCAAACGUUGCUAAGUUCUUCAACAGCUAG